AUGGAUAGAGGUCGAGACAGAAGGUUAGUUCUUAUUUACUUCAUUCACGUAUAUAUAGCAUUCGGGCAGCGACAAGGUAUAUUGAGUUUGAAGGCAUACAUUGUUGCCGGACCACCAAUGGGCAUAGCUACCGUCGUCCUUCCAACGAACCCAGAAUUAGACCCCGAAGGAGACUCAGAAGCUCUGCGUCACUGGAAGCGCCCCAACGGUCGAGGCUUGCUAGAGGGCAAGAAAUACUGCCGAAGGAAGACGCUGCGGGACGAACAUUAUAUCAGUCUCGCGCGAUCAGGAAAGUACAAGAUUAUGUCUCAGGCUGUGGUUGAAGCUACAAUUCAAGCUCGCAAGAGUUCCGCUGUCGACUCCAUCCGAAACAUCUCGCAUGGGGACCCAAUUUUCUCUAUUCAACUACCCCGUGAAGCGCAUGAACUCACAAGCGAUGAGGGGAGCUCGCAGAGCGGUAGCUGCGGUACUCUUACGAGUAUCGACGAAUCACUUGUUACUAUAAGCUCUGGUCAGCCAAUGGGCUCCGACGAAAAUUUCAAUGGUGCAACACACACACCGGCCGACACCGAAGAAGACAUCGAAUUAGUAGCUCUCGAUAACCUUAUGGCUCAGAUGGAUUGGAAUUAUGAAGCUCAAAGUUCGAACAGUGCGCAAUCUAUAUUGGAUGAUAGCAUAUUUGUAGGGGAGGAUGAGAUACUGAGCCGCGAGAAAUACGUACAGAGUCUCAAGUCUAGGACCUCUGCUACACCUGCGAUUGGGUACCCUACGGAGCCGAAAUUAAAUUACUUGCAUGGGCAAAUGACUGGGUUGGCAGGCGAAGUUAUGCUAAUUAAUAAUAUUUCUAGAUUGGAUAUUCGAGGUGAUGGCGAAGUCACAAGGCUGGGGGCGGGUGAAUCAUACAGACCUAAUCAUAACCGACGCUCACCACCGCGAGCCGACACUUUCAGAUCCGACCGCGACAGAGACAGGUCACCCCGCAGAGACAGACGAACUCCACCUUUAGCCAGCGAUAGUUAUCAUCCUGGCGGCCGAGAUCGUUCACCAAGACGUAGGUCAAGAACACCUCCAUAUCGCGCAAGAGACCGAUCCCCACCUCGAGAUAUGACUUGGCGCGGUAGACCCAGAUCUCCACCUCGGGGAGCCCGAACUCCAUUGAGAGCCAGAAGUCCAAGAAGAUUUUCUCCUAGACGAGAUGAUGACCGCAGAGAGCGACCCAGAUCUCCAAGAAGAGAUGAGAGGAGACGAUCAAGAUCACCAUUCGAUCGUAAUCGCACACCUCUGCGAGCUAGAUCCCCCAUCCGAGCUAGAUCGCCCCUUCCUCGAAGAUCACCACCUCCUGGCCCCAGAGGCUCAUGGCGCCCACGCUCUCGUAGUCGCGACCCCAGAGAUAUUCGAACUCCCCUCGGACCAAGCUCACAAAGUUGGAGACGUCGUUCACCUUCACCCUUACGCCGAAGAUCACCAUCCCCAAUCAGACGUCGGUCUCCUUCUCCAGCACUUCGCGAUUCGGAAAGAUCAUCAGGUCGAAGUUCUGGCACCAAUUCUCGUCGAUCAUCUCCACCCGUCCACCCUAGCAGGCAAGCUUUGACGCAAGCAGCAACUCGUGAAGCAAUACGCUCACCAGUACCCAUAAGAGAUCGAUCUCCCCUGGGUUUAGCAUACAGACAAAGAGAAUUAGAAUCUGCAAGAUCUACCCCGAAGGAUCGCUCACCAAUUCGUCCUACAGCUCCAAGAUCGCCUCCUCGAGGUCCAGCUGCAACCUUUCGGGGUACAGAGGUAACUUUCCGAGCUCCAACUGGACCUAGUGGCGGUCGCACCUUCACUGCACCUGUUCCAUCCGGACCUUCUUCAUCCUAUAAUUCGAGGUCUGGUUCUGAGAGUACUGGUCCCAUAGCUCCACCAUCUGGCCCACGCGGUUACGCCCCACCUCGUGGUCCUUCGGCUUCUAUGAGAGGUGGCCGAUCAUCAUUCAGCAUCGACCGUUACAGUCGUCCAGAUACCUCAUCUUGGGGAGCAGCGCCACUAGCUCGACCCAAUGCGGAACUAAGCUCAAGAACUAGUCUGCCUCCACCUCGACCUCCACCAAGUGUCUCUCCCUCUCCAGCAAGAGACACUCCACCUGCUGCACCAACAAAUCCAUCCGGUAUUCCCACUGGCCCUCGCGCAGGUACCACAAUCCCAUCUCGUCCCUCUCUUCAACAUUCCUCCAGUAUCUACCAUAGCCGCGGUUCCAUCUCAGGCCCUUCAUCGGGUCUUCGUAUUCACCCAGCAAUGGUAGGUAUUCCACCCAUCAUACCCGGGGGACGGAUUGACCCAACAGCCUCUGGCAUCCCCACAGAUUUAGCAGCUCGUCUUAGGAAAAAGGAAGAUGAAGCAGAGGUCCUGAGAGAGGAACUGAAGCAGAGACAGGAGAAACUUAGGAAUGGACUGAAACAUUGGGAUAGAUUAAGUAGGGAAAGUGCCAGUAUGGGCUUGAAAAGCGAAUUGAGUGAAAGACAUUUGAGAGUUUUGGCUGGUGAGGGUGUGGGUGGUAAAGCUUUCUAA